GCCGGCCGUCCGUCGUCUGCGCCCUUUGGCUGGCCGGAGAAGAUGGUGGCGGAUCAGUCCGCGGUGGGUUGGAUCUUGGCGUCCCUCCUGGGUCUCGCCGCCCUGUGCCACCUGGUGGCGAGAAGAGCGGGGAGGAGGAGGAGGGGCGGGGAGGGGGCAGAAUGCGCCGCCGAGACCGACGGCAUUGUGACGACGGGUAGGCAAUGCGGAUCCGGACCCGUGAACGGCGACGGGAGCGAGGUGGACGUCAUCAUCGUCGGGGCCGGUGUCGCCGGCUCGGCUCUCGCUCAUACGCUUGGCAAGGAUGGACGCCGAGUGCAUGUCAUUGAAAGAGACCUAACAGAGCCUGAUCGAAUAGUAGGGGAAUUGCUGCAACCUGGCGGCUAUCUUAAGCUAAUUGAGUUGGGACUCGAAGAUUGCGUGGAGGAAAUUGAUGCUCAGCGUGUGUUUGGUUAUGCUCUUUUCAAGGAUGGACAAAAUACUCGACUAUCCUAUCCCUUGGAGAAUUUUCACUCAGAUGUGUCUGGGAGGAGCUUUCACAAUGGACGUUUUAUACAGAGAAUGCGGGAAAAAGCUGCGACUCUCCCCAAUGUAAAACUGGAGCAAGGGACGGUUACCUCUUUGAUAGAAGAAAUGGGAACCAUCAAAGGUGUGCAAUACAAGACAAAGGAUGGAAAAGAGCUGGCAGCUUAUGCACCUCUGACUAUUGUCUGCGACGGAUGUUUCUCAAACCUUCGUCGCUCCCUUUGCAAACCCAAGGUUGACGUACCGUCAUGUUUCGUUGGCCUGGUUUUGGAGAAAUGUCAACUUCCUUAUGCAAACCACGGACAUGUUAUCCUGGCAGAUCCCUCUCCUAUCUUGUUUUAUCCAAUCAGCAGCACAGAGGUCCGUUGUCUUGUUGAUGUACCCGGGCAAAAAGUGCCAAAUAUCGCGAACGGUGAAAUGGCUAACUACUUGAAGACAGUUGUAGCUCCUCAGGUUCCUCAGGAAAUUCACGAAGCCUUUGUUGCCGCCGUUGAUAAAGGAAACAUAAGGACAAUGCCUAAUAGAAGCAUGCCCGCUGCUCCCCAUCCCACUCCUGGAGCUCUAUUGAUGGGGGAUGCAUUCAACAUGCGCCAUCCGUUAACUGGAGGAGGAAUGACUGUGGCACUCUCAGAUAUUGUUGUGCUCCGUGAUCUCCUCAGGCCUCUGCUUGACUUAAAUGACGCGCCCACUUUGUGCAAGUAUCUAGAGUCCUUCUAUACCUUGCGCAAGGCAAUGGCAUCCACAAUAAAUACACUGGCUGGAGCCCUAUACAAAGUCUUCUGUGCUUCACCUGAUCCAGCAAGGAAAGAGAUGCGACAAGCCUGCUUCGAUUACUUAAGUCUCGGAGGCGUAUUCUCAAAUGGACCUGUUUCUUUGCUUUCGGGUUUGAACCCUCGACCGUUGAGUCUGGUUCUCCACUUCUUUGCAGUUGCGAUCUAUGGCGUUGGUCGAUUAAUGCUGCCUUUUCCAUCGAUUAAGCGCAUGUGGAUUGGAGCUAGAUUGAUAUCGGGUGCAUCGGCAAUCAUAUUCCCCAUCAUCAAGGCCGAAGGGGUAAGGCAAAUGUUCUUCCCCGCGAUGGUUCCUGCGUACUACAGAGGUCCACCUGCGAAGUGAGAUCCAUAAACCGAGCUCAAGCAGUAGCUAAAAGCUUCAAUGAACACGAGGACAGUUUGUGGUGGCAUCUGCUUUCCCUGGUUCAAGGUCGUUGGGAGGGUAAUGUUUCAACAGUGUCUAAAAGUUUUGGGUAUUCAGAUCUUGUCCAUUACUCCGUGUAGAAACCACCAUGGGGGAUGUUCUGGACUAUGUGGCUUUGUGACUCGGAACGGGAGUAAUUUAUCAGAUGAUUGUUUUUGUUGUC